AUGCUAUUACCACCUGAUAACUUUGGAUUGGUAGAGGAGGGAAUUUACCGCUGUUCAAAAUUAGAUGCUAUAAAUUUUGCAUUCUUGGAAACUCUUCAAUUAAAAUCAAUAAUUCUACUGGAUAAUGAGUCUCCAAUGAUGAAAAAUUUCCAAAAUUUCAUGACUUUGAAUAAUAUUGAGGCUAUAAAAUUUGAAAAUCAAUCAAUAAACACUGAAAUCAAUGAAAACAACCCUGAUUGGAUGGUAUUCAGUAAGGAGAUUAUCACCAAAAUCUUUGAAGUGCUUUUGAACAAAAAAAACUGCAAUUUGCUAAUUAUUGACAAAACUAAUGUUAUAAUUGGUCUCUUGAGGAAAAUCUGUAAAUGGAACUAUUCAAGUUUAAUAUCCGAAUAUAGAUUAUACAGUGGUAAAAAUUCAAACUAUUUUGCUGAAACAUUUCUUGAAUUGGCAACAUUAAAAUUGAAAUCCAAUUUUUCAUUUGGACCUGCUUCUAUGAUAAGAUCAAGGUCAAGCAGAAAUAGUUCUUUAGACUACACUUAUGGUUCACUUAACGAAAGGAGACUAUCUGAAGAUUUAGAGUUGGAUGAUGAUGAGAAUGAAGAAACCUUGCUAUCUGCAUCUCCCCAAGUGCCUAAGAAUUUAUUAAGAAUGGCAGAACUUCGUAAAAAGAGGAAAAAGUCAGAUGCAAAACAAAGUCUGGAAAGUUCCUUCUUGAGUUUUACUGAUUACAAUUUUUAUUUACCGUUACAAAUUUUCAAAAAUAUUGAGGUUAUUGAAGUUGUUUUACCUAUAGAAAAUGAUCUACCAGAUUGGUUCAAAUUACAGCGUGAUAUUUGGGAAGAUGAAUACCAUCAUAAAUAUUAG